AUGGGCGGCCAGGACCCAGAGCAGCUCACCCGCUACCAGCAAGGCCAACUUGCCGAACGUUUAGGCAACUACGUGAGCGGCCUUGCCAGCGAUAAGCUGCGCUGCAUGCAUGCAGAGGAGCAGUCAACGAAGCGUUACACGCAGGACGGCACUCCGACAGGGGAGAACUACUGGUUCGAGGCUGGCAAUACGCUUUCCUCGCCUGCGGUGCCUGAAUUUAUCAAGGAUGAGAUUCUGAAGGAUAUGCAGCAGGACCGCUCUGUGAAGAGCCCAGCGUUUGUGCAGCCGGCUGAAGAGGAGAAGCUGGCGACUGAGGACGACGACUACGCGAGCCAUCUGCGACGGCAGCGCCACAAGCUUCUGCGUGGCUCUGAUUUAACGUAG